UGAAGCGUUGAAUAAAUUAAUUAAUAUUAUAUCAAUGGCUGUAAAUGAAAGUUGAAUUAUUGAUCCAUGGUGGAUCACCUGAGGCAUUCCUUCAUCGUCCUUCUCUCAUCACCACCGCUCUCGCUCUCUCUCUCUCUGCGUUUGUUUGUUGGUUGCUUUGAAAGAAGCCAUUUUUGUGUGAUCAAUCAAUGACUACAAUUCAGAGUCAGGCUGGAAAAGAAAGUUCUACAGUUGAAAAAACAGCUUCCACUUUCAAAAGAUGGGGCAGAAAAGGCCCUUUUCUUAGAUAUGGCCUUCCUAUGAUCUCUCUUACUGUUUUUGGUGCUCUUGGUCUUGGCCAUCUUUUGCAAGGCAGCAAGGACAUUUCAAGGGUAAAAGAUGAUAAGGAAUGGGAAAUAAUUGAAGCAAGAAAAGCACUGUCUAGAACAGGACCAGUAAAUGCAUACAAGCCAAAGAAGAUUUCAUUGGACGAUGAGCUAAAGGCUUUGCAACAAAAAGUGGACAUUAAUGACUACGAGUUCAAGAAAAUUCCAAAACCAAAUGAAGAUAGGCGAGUCUAGACUUAGAAAAAACUUGUCAGAAUUUCUCAUAUACAAAGCUAAAUUCAAAUUUGAAGGAGUUAUGAGCCAGUUCAUCCUGCAGAUGAAUUUAUCGUUGUGCUUCUUUAGUGUUUUGACUUUUGAAUAUGUCACUGUCGUUAUUGGAGAGUAGUUGGGAUAAAUUGUCUCCAUGUCUGUGGAAAUUUUGGGUAUCAAGGAUUUUUAAGUACUGUAAUGUGAACAGUAAAAGGUACAUAUUUGGUUCUACUUUAAUAAUGGUGAAUAAAAUAGCAAGUGUUUCUUCACUUUCUUGUCA